AUGAGUAACGAUAAAGUAGGAUUGACGGAAACGUUGCAAGCGCCGCGGCCUUCGUCACCUAGAAAGUUCUUUGCGAGGAUUUACGGUCACCUGGAGGAUAAGUCGAAGGGUGAACAAAGUGAAGGUCAGGAAUUAGAGGAGGAGUCGGAUGUAGAGAUUGGGGAUGACGAGGGUGCAAAGGUGAGCAGUGUCCCCCUAUGGCCAACACCGCCGCCACUUCCCGUAUAUCCUCGCCCGAUGCUGCUGCCUCAUCAACAACUCGCAUUCGGUGCAGGACUUGCUGCUUUUUGUGAGUAUCAUGUAGAGUUCAUUAAUAAACACUGA